UCACUUCAAUGGAGCGCAGACACCAAGCCAACUAACGCGAACAGUAGACACUCAGAACGCGCCAAGCCCCCCAGUCGUACACCAGUUACGUUCUGAAGACCUCGACACUAACAGCUUCAGUUAUUUUGCAUAACUUUUGUUAUUAACGCUUCUUCGAGUAAUUUGCAAAACCUGUUUCGAUUUUGUUAUCGGGAUCAAUUAAAUUCGCGUGUGUUCGCCGGGCAUAGAGCAUUCAUAACCUAUAAUUUAACAAGAAUUUCCAUUACACGCCAAUUUUCUUUCCCCCGAUGCUGAUGUUUUAAUUUAAACCUUUUUGACAAAACAAAUACAGAAAACCGGAAGAAAAAAAAUCCACAAGGACACAGGGAAAAACUUGUCAAAACGGUUUCAGAACAGAAAUUAUUCCGAUAACUUAACUUCACUCACACAUUCAUCAUUUUGUUGCACACACAUUGAAACAAAGCGAACGGUCUUCAAAGGAAACAUUUACUUUAGAUAUAAUUAAAUUAACAAUGAGUGAUAACACAACCAAUGAGGCUAAUAAGCAUUUUAGACAUUACACGUUCACCAAGAUAGAGUCUGAAGGGGACGCGUCUAUCAAAAAUUGCAAUGAAACAAACGUCAUCACCUCAAGACGAUUUCAACACUUCAAGAGAUGGCUGAGAGACAAUCUGCUCCUCAUUGCGACUAUUUGUGGAGUGAUCUUCAGCCUUUUUCUAGGGUUCAUAUUGAGGCCUCUAAAACUAAGUUCGGAUGCUGUAAUCCUGAUUUCAUAUCCCGGAGAACUGUUCACGAGGCUACUCAAAUUGUUCAUUCUUCCACUCAUCAUUGCCAGUCUCAUAGCAGGUAGCGCAAAACUGAACGUCAGUCUGAAUGGUAAGAUCGCCUUCAGGACUCUGAUCUACUUUGUACUGACGUCACUCACCAACGCGAUCCUGGGGACGAUCCUGGUGCUGUUAAUACAUCCUGGUAAUCCCCACAAGAAGCUUGACCUUGGGGAAGAAUCCGUGAACAGGCACACUCACAUCCUCGAUGGACUUAUGGACUUAGGAAGAAACAUGUUCCCUGAUAACCUCUUCCAAGCUGCAUUUCAACAGGCGCAUACAGUGUACAUUCCCAAGAAUUUGGUGGUCGACUCUGUCACUGGAAAUAACACAUCAAUGCCAAUGGAUGCUAAUGUGGAAUCUAUAAGGAUGAUCCAGUACAGGUCUGGCACCAAUACUCUGGGUAUUAUCUUCUUCUGUCUCAUAUUUGGGACAAUACUUGGUACAAUGGGCAGAAAGGCAAACAUUGUUGUUGAGUUCUUCACUAUAAUUGAAGAAGUUGUCAUGAGGAUGGUCUCUGGGGUGAUGUGGUUAACACCAGUGGGUAUCAUCAGUGUUAUCUGUGGAAAGAUCCUAUCUGUGGGAGACCUCGGCCUAGUGUUGCAGCAGGUGGGCUGGUUCAUAUUUACAGUGGCACUGGGUGUCUUCCUGUACCAGUUCGUAAUAAUGCAGCUGAUCUAUUUUAUCAUUGUGCGCCGUAACCCGUACAAGUACUACUGGGGGCUAAUUCAGGCAACCCUGACAGCAUUUGCUACAGCAUCAACAGCAGCGGCUCUUCCAGUCACUUUCCGAUGCAUGGACCAGAAAGUGGGCGUAGAUCCACGCAUAUCUCGCUUCAUCCUACCAAUUGGCUGCAACAUCAAUAUGGAUGGCACAGCAAUGUUUGUUGCCAUUUCAUCUUUCUUCAUAGCACAAAUGAACGAAAUGCAGUUGAGUACAGGAGAAAUAAUUACAGUCUGUUUAGUGUCGACAGCAGCAAGCUUUUCCUCUGCUAGUGUACCCAGUGCAGCCCUUGCACUAAUUUUUAUGGUACUAUCAACGAUAGAUGCACCGACACAAGAAGUCUCUCUCUUGUUUGCAAUUGAUUGGUUUGUAGAUAGAAUCCGAACCACCAACAACAUGCUGGGCGACUGCUACGCGGCAGCCAUUGUCGAACACUUAUCAAAAGAGCAGUUAACUGCUGCAGAUGCAGUUAUCUAUCAGGAAGUACAAAUGGCAGCAUCAAACAGACACAACCCAGAAAUGCAGUGUAAUGCUUCCAGCGAGCCCUCGGAAACACAAGAUGUAGUUUUAGAAAUAGAGACAACUGUACCAACAAAUGGCGCUGUGAAGAAUUUGCAAAAGAAAUUCAUGUUAAACCAUUGAUUUAUAUUAGUCAUUAUUUUCUGAAGACAAUCAAAAUAACUGUAUAUAGAAAAUUUAGAUUGCCAAAGAAUGCUUUUGUAUAAGAUGUUAAUCAGUGUAAAAAGUGAAAUAAAUAUUUAGUUUCAAAUAAAAAAAACUAUACUGAA